UUACUUAUUUGUAUUUCAGUGCUCAAUUAACAAUUAUCUCCUCGCUACCUUUUCUUCUUCAUAUCGCCCGCGAGUCAACUCUCAUUCACUGAAUCUGAAUCUGACUCAGAUUAAGCUAUCACAGGAAAGGGUCCUUUGGUCAAGCAGUUGAAGAAAUGGUAGCCCAGGGAGAAGCUCACCCCUACGUUCCUCAGGAUCUAAAAUUGCCCGAUUUUGUUCCCAUAUUUCUCUCACAGUCACACAUUGUUGGUGUAUAUGGCCUCUCAUCCUUCCUCGUUGUCUUGUUCAUGUGGAUACUCUCAGGGUUUGUUCCUAAAUUAUCAAAGACUGAUAGGGUGCUCAUGUGUUGGUGGAUUUUCACGGGCCUAACACACAUGGUCCUUGAGGGGUAUUUUGUUUUUACUCCAGAUUUCUACAAAAAGACUACUCCGGUUUACCUUGCUGAAGUCUGGAAAGAAUACAGCAAAGGUGAUUCAAGAUAUGUAGGGCGGGAUUCUGGAGUUGUUAGUGUUGAAGGAAUUACAGCUGUCAUAGAGGGGCCAGCAUGCCUUCUUGCAGUGUAUGCUAUAGCUGCUAAGAAGUCAUACAGGCACGUACUUCAAAUAGCCAUUUGUUUGGGACAGCUCUAUGGCACGGCCGUAUACUUCAUAACAGCUCUAUUGGAAGGCGAUAAUUUUGCUGCAAGCCCCUUCUACUACUAUGCUUACUAUGUUUUUGCAAAUCAUUUCUGGGUUUGGAUACCAACUCUCAUAGUGAUACAUUGCUGGAAGAAAAUAUGUGCUGCAGUCAAGGUCCACGAGCAGAAGACCAAGACUCGCUGAGGUGAUUCUAAAUAUUUGAAUCCAAAUGCCUCAACUGAAUAACAUUGUCACAAUUUUCUUCUCCUGGUUCUCUUUUAUGGUUGUUAAAUUUAAUUGGCUGCAUCAGAAACAAUGCUGGAAUAUUAUUUAGAUGAGAUGUCCUAAAUAUCUGAUCGUUCCUGCAGAAAUAUUGUCAUUCUUGCUUCACAUCAUUAAAAAGCAUUUUGAAAACUAAGACCAAAGCUA